AAACACCAGUCCUCACUUGUGUGGUAUGUGCCUUUUCCACACCCCCCUUUGCACUGCUUUUAAAGCAAGUGCCGGAGUGCUGGGGUAAGUCCAAAUCUCACUGUAAUGAGAACAAGAAACAUCAGAUCUACAGGACUGAGAGGCCUGGCUAAAGUCAAGGAACAAACAGGUGGCAGAGAUAUGGAUCAAAGAUGAUGUCAUCCCUAAUCCAGAGAUGUUCUGCCUAAAAUAGAAAAGAGCAAAACAGAAGGCUGGAUGGAAGUGAACUGAAAACCAGAACAGAUAAGCAACUCAUGGUUUAGGGGUACUUAAAGAAUUCUGUAAACAAUAUGAACCCUUAUUCUUCAUAGGAUGUGCUGAAUCACCUCUUGGUACCUGUACAUGGCAAAGGCUAUGGGAGGCUUCAACACCAGUUUGGGAGGAAGCUUCAUUUUGGUGGGCUUCUCAGACUGGCCUCAACUAGAACUCAUCUUCUUUAUUUAUAUUUUGGUUUUCUACUCUCUAACUAUCAUUGGCAACACCACCAUCAUUGCUCUCUCUCGAAUGGACCUGCGAUUACAGACUCCCAUGUACUUCUUCCUCUCCCACCUCUCCUUCCUGGACCUCUGCUACACCACUAGCACUGUGCCCCAGCUCCUGAUCAACCUUCAAGGGCAUGACAGGACCAUCAGCUAUGGUGGGUGUGUGGCCCAGCUCUUCAUAUUUCUUGCCCUGGGCUCUACAGAGAGUGUGCUUCUGUUGGUGAUGGCCUUUGACCGCUACGCUGCUGUGUGCCGUCCACUGCACUACACGACCAUCAUGCACCCCAUUCUCUGCCAGGCACUGGCUAUCAGCUCCUGGAUGGGAGGCCUCAUGAACUCUCUGAUCCAGACAGGCCUCAUGAUGGCCAUGCCUCUCUGUGGCCAUCGGCUGAAUCACUUCUUCUGUGAGAUGCCUGUGUUCCUCAAGUUGGCCUGUGAGGACACAGAGGGAACAGAGGCCAAGAUGUUUGUGGCCAGAGUGGUGAUCGUUGCAGUUCCAGCCAUGCUCAUUCUAGGCUCCUAUGCACAGAUUGCCAGGGCAGUGCUGAAGGUCAAGUCAGUGGCUGCACGAAGAAAGGCCACUGGGACAUGUGGGUCCCACCUCCUGGUGGUUUCUCUGUUUUAUGGCUCAGCCAUUUACACAUACUUACAACCCAAGGGUAGUUACUCUGAGAGCAAGGGGAAGUUUGUUGCUCUUUUUUAUACUAUUGUCACCCCCAUGCUCAACCCUCUGAUCUAUACCCUGAGGAACAAGGACGUGAAGGGGGCUCUGUGGAAGGUGCUAGGGAGAGCCACAGACUAGGGGCGGGAAGGGAAAGCUGUAUUCUGUGAGCGAAGUGGGUUUCAGUGGGAGAGGGGAAUUGGGUGUCAAAACAACUGCAAUUAAUUAUGUACAUGCAUGACACUGUUAAAGUGUACAAAAAUAGCAAAACAAAACCAAAAUACAGUCCUGGGAUGGCAAAAUGGCUCAGCAGGUAAAGGCACUUCCUGGCAAGCCUGAGGAUCUGAGUUUGAUGCCUGGAUUCCACAUGGAGGAAGGAGAGAGUCAAGUCCUCUGACUUCCAAGCACAAGCGUGUGUAUGUUUGUAACAAAUAAAUGAUCAAUAUUAAAACAAGACAAAACUUUCCCCAGCAGGCACCCUGCAAGUGUAUGGGUGUGGAGCGUCAGCUCUGAGUGGGCCCUUGCUAUCACCCUGCUUUCCCAAUGUCUCAUGACCCUGUCUGACUUGUGUCACUGCUCACAGCCUGUUUUUAAGGCCUCUCCUAUUAGUGCUUUCCAUCCUUUGCUUCGAAUAAACAAGCUGAUCACCAGCGGAGCUGCUUCACGUAACAUGUGAAUUUCAGACAUAGUUUUCCCUGAUGGAGAACAAGGCAAAAUCAUUCCCGCUGCAGUAAAGAAAGGUAACAAAGAUCUCCUAGCAGAACUGUGAGUAUCUGUUUUGCCAACUGGUGAGAUUCUUUCCCUGUCAGAGACGAGAAUGAGGGAAAUGAUGAUCCAAAAUUCCAAGAACUCAGAAAUUAAAAUGUAACCAGAUGCAAAAUUAUUAGCCUAGAAGAAAAAAUUCAAAGAACUCUAAAAUUUGUAUGUGUCCAGAUGCAAAGCUUUAUAUAUAUAUAUAAAAAUCUAUAUUUAUAUUUGUAAGAAAAUCAACAAUUAAAUAAAAGCAAAGGAAGAGUUUGCUAUUUAUCACUUGACCGGAUAUGUGAAGAUUCAC